AUGAACCCCGGGGUGCUCCAAAAUGAGCACAUCUUUGCUAACAUGUUACCUGGAAACUGCUCGUCAUCUCUAAGAGACAGCGCUUAUCAAGAGACCUUCAUUCCCUUGACAUUUCCUAUCGGCGUGCUAAACUCGCGCAUAGUGCUUUUUCGCUGCCACCGACUCGCAGUACUUAGCGCGGUUCUGCGUGACUUUCAAGAUCUCCGCGAUAUAUUAGCAUACAAGCCGCUUGCCAUUCGAAAUGAGACGGUACUUGCCGUCGGCUGGUUCGAGGCUCAAAAAAUGCCCGAGCACAUUAGACAGUUGCAGCUACUAUUUGGAAACGUUACCGCAGAGGCUCUCGAACCUUGUUUCAUCACAGAUCCGACCACUCUGGCAGCAGUUGUUUCACAUCAUGAGUUCAGGUAUCUGGAAGAUAGCUAUGCAACCGUCUAUGUCUUAUGUGACGGAGAGAUCAUCAUGAAUAGAUUCCGAGAUCAGCUCGCUAAAUAUCUUGGCAAAUUUGGUGUCAUUACCAGCUUCGAGACAAUUCCUCAUCUGCGAAACACGUUCAGGUGUACAUUUGAUGACAUCAGAGCGUCCUUCAAAGCCCGUGCGGUCCCCAAAUUUUACAUCGACAACGCCUCAAUAUACGUGCGUCCAUCUUUAGAAGAGCUUUCUGAAAAACCCGCAGUUAGAGACAUAAAAAGCCAGCCUAACCUGCAAGUCAUUAAUUGGAUGACAGGAGACAUUAAAUAUGCACAAACCGAGCUCACAGAGCAAAACAAUGACGAGUGGAAAAAGUGUCAGCAUUUGAAAUCACGGCGGCCGCUCUCAGGCUCGUUUGGGACUAGUUACGUCCCUCAUGAAAAUCAGAUAGACAUCACAAGGAUCCGCUUGGGACAAGAUCCACGCAAAACCAUCAUGAUAAGGAAUGUUCCGAACAAAAUAAACCACAAUGAGCUCAAAGAGUUUAUAGACUUGACGAGCAAAAAUCUAUAUGACUUCCUUUACUUGCGCAUUGACUUCGAAAACCAUUGCAAUGUUGGAUACGCAUUCAUUUCUUUCGUGGAGCCAAGACAUAUUAUCAAGUUUUAUCUUGAACGAGCCGGAAAGAAAUGGAACAAGUUCAACUCAGAGAAAGUUUGCGAGAUGUCGUACGCAAAAGUGCAGGGCAAAGCCAAACUGAUCGACAAGUUUAGGAACUCCAAAAUUAUGGGAGAACAUCCUGGUUAUCGACCAAGGCUGUAUCACACUGACGGGCCUCUCAAAGGAGCUGAAAUUAAGUUUCCACCUCCCACAAAACGCGGAGCUCUCCUGGAUGACUAG